UACAGAUAUUUCGACUUAUGUGUCGUACAAUUUAUCUACCGGUGUCUCUGGUAUUAGCGCCAUCUAGCGGAAUCAUACACAAACAUCCGGUUAUUUACCCACAUGGAAAACUAAUGGAAAAGUGAAGCAAAAUAAGACACAAUGGCUGCUGGUCCGAUAGCAGAGCGUAAUCAAGAUGCGACGGUUUAUGUUGGCAGUCUAGAUGACAAAGUGUCUGAGGCAAUACUAUGGGAACUCUUUUUACAAGCAGGACCUGUUGUGAAUGUCCACAUGCCAAAGGACCGUGUCACACAGUCGCACCAGGGCUAUGGUUUUGUGGAGUUCAUGGGAGAGGAUGAUGCUGAUUACGCAAUCAAAAUAAUGAAUAUGAUUAAACUCUACGGCAAACCCAUCAGGGUCAAUAAGGCUUCAGCCCAUCAGAAGAAUUUAGAUGUGGGAGCUAACAUCUUUAUUGGAAACCUGGACCCCGAGGUGGACGAGAAGUUACUGUACGACACAUUCAGUGCUUUUGGCGUCAUUUUACAGACCCCUAAGAUAAUGCGAGACCCUGACACCGGUAACUCUAAAGGCUAUGCCUUCAUCAACUUCGCCAGUUUCGAGGCAGCAGAUGCAGCCCUGGAGGCCAUGAAUGGACAGUUUCUGUGUAACAGGGCUAUCUCCAUCUCUUUUGCCUUCAAGAAAGACUCCAAGGGAGAAAGGCACGGCUCAGCAGCAGAGAGAUUCAUGGCCAAGCAGAACCCGCUGUCCCUGACAGACCGACCUCAUCAGCUGUUUGCCGAUGCCCCGCCCCCUCCACAACAGCCCCCCGCACCAAUGGCUUCCUCCACGAUGGCUCCCCCUCCCCCACCCCCAUCCAUGGGAGGCAUGCCAGCCAUGCCAGGAAUGCCUCCAGGAAACAUGCCGCCUCCCAUGAUGCCCAUGCAGCAGCCCAUGCCUCCCCCUCCCAUGCCUCCACACAUGGGUAUGCCUCAGUACCCUCCCCAGCAAGGUCAGAUGCCAUACCCCCCUCCACCCCGCCCUGGGGCUCCAGGGAUGCCACCGGUAUCCAGCAACCAAUCACAGGCCCCUCCUCCCCCACCCUCAUCUCAAGCAGGGUCUCAUAUGCCUCCACCCCCUGGUGUCCCUGGAAUGGGUAUGCCCCCACCCCCUCCAGGUAUGAGACCUCCCCCAGGCUGGAGGCCACCCCCAGGGAUGAGAGGACCACCACCACCCAUGUAUGGUCGGCCACCACCCCCUGGAAUGAGGCCCCCUCCCCCUGGUAUGCGGGGACCACCACCCCCUCCAGGCAUGAAUAGACAAGCCCCUCCCCCUCCUCGACAACCUCCGCCUCCUGCACCGCCCACAUCAAGAAAUUACUAGGCAACAGGAUAAAGGGAACCAGUGACAUUUAAGGGGGAAUGAACUGAAAAUUUAGAACUUUGAAAAAAACACAAUGACAUGCUGAAAUGAUUCCGUGUUCAUAUGUUGAGAUUGUUUCAUAUGUGACAUUUAGCAAAAGUGUUAUUCUUAUAAAAUGUUCAUUUAUCAUGAUCAUGCGUUUCAUCAGCAUUUUAUAAAAAUAUCUUUUUUUCACUUUAUCUCAUGUUCAGAUGGUAGAAAUUGCUUCGUUGUUCUAUACAAAUUGUUUUUGUCAUGUUGUCAUGUAUUAACCAUGGUUUAAAUAUACUCAACAACUAA